AUGUCAGACAACGAGAUGUCACCCGAGGAAGAGAAACCCAAAAUCGACAACACAAUCCUGAUCAGACUAAAAAACCAGAGCGCGCAAGAGUCCACGUUCAAGAUCAAACCCACGACUUUGUUCGAAAAGAUCAUCAACGCAUAUGCCAAAAUGCACGGCAAGAAGGUCGACACGUUUCGCUUUUUCUUUGAUGGCCAUCGACUUCAAGCAACUGAUACACCGAAGUCUUUGGAGAUGGCCGAUGGUGAUCUUGUUGAUGUGUUUUUGGAGCAGACUGGUGGAGGGUGCUGA